UGACACACCUUUCAGACGAGACUUCUUUUGUUGGUUAGUUGCCUUGUGGAAAACGUUUCGCCAUUCUCUUUUUAUCUUUACCAUAGGCGAUUAGGUGAUCACAGAAGAGCAAACCCUAUCUUAGUUCCUUCCCUAUUCCAAUCUUAUAAAUUCAAUCUCAAUUCAUCAAAUCAGAUCUUACAGAUUAGGUAGAAACUGAGGGGAGUUUCCGAUCCUUCUUCUCUUGCCAAAAAGGGAAUUUCUUGGUUAAUGCUUCUAUUUCAGACGGUGGUCUCUAUAGCUUAGCAGAAUAUGUCUUUCUCACGGACAUAUCGGGGCCAAGGAGGCAAUUUUCGAAAUGAACAUCGAUCAUCAUUUUAUAGAAACAACGAUUACAACAACAGUUAUAGCAACCAUCGUGACUUCUCAAGGAAAUUCAGAGACCACAUUUAUAAGGUCAGCAGUGAUGAACCCUGUGUUGCUCCUUACAUGAAGAAGAGAAAAAUUUCAACUCUUACUUGGGAAGACAGCACGAGACAUUAUAGGCAUCCCAACAAAAUUGGCAAUGACCCUUCAACCAGCAAUAGUUCAUAUCAUGCCCUACCUGAUAUGCAUGCUCGUACAUUUACAGCUUGUAAAAAUGAUCAGUUGAAAUUGGAUAACGAAGUGGUCUUUAUGUCUAGGGAUGAGAUUGAGAGAUGUUCCCCAUCAAGAAAGGAUGGUAUUGAUUCAUUACGUGAAACACAUCUAAGAUACUCAUAUUGUGCAUUUCUUCAGAAUCUUGGAACACGACUAGAACUGCCACAGACUACUAUUGGAACUGCAAUGGUCCUUUGCCACCGCUUUUUUGUUCGACGAUCUCAUGCUUGUCAUGAUAGAUUUUUAAUUGCAACAGCAGCUAUAUUCCUUGCUGCAAAGUCUGAGGAGACACCUUGCCCUUUGAACAAUGUUCUGAAAGCAUCUUGUGAAAUUGGCUAUAAGCAAGAAUUUUCAUCCUUUUCUUAUCUGCUCCCUGUUGGCUGGUUUGAGCAGUAUCGAGAAAGGGUGAUUGAGGCUGAGCAAAUGAUACUGACAACUUUAGAUUUUGAGCUCGAUGUGCAGCAUCCAUAUGUUCCUCUUACAUCAGUGCUUAACAAAUUAGGGUUUUCACAAACUGUUUUGGUGAAUCUGGCGCUCAACUUGGUGAGCGAAGGGGUCUUCACAACAAUAGCGUGCUCACCUAUAUGAUAUUCUUAGCUGGCGGAUUGAUAUGCUGUCCAUGGAAAGUUUUGUUUUACAUCUGAAGUUGAACUGCUGAUAUGUUGUGGAUGUCUUUUACCUUGAAAAUCUUUUACCAACUUGGUCACUGGUUAUUGGUGAUAACCUCAGAACCCUAAGGACCGGUUUUCUUAUUUACGUACUUCUAUAUUAUUGCUACUUUUUUUUUAUAAUUAUAAUUACUACUACUGCUACUACUACUACUACUACUACUACUUCCACCACCACCACUACUAUUGUCAUCAGCAUCAUCAGUAUUACCAUUAUUUAUUUAUUUUUUGGAUUGGUCCUCUGAAAUCCUUGAAAAUUGCUGUGUAUAAAAUUUGUAACCUGUCAGCAAGUGCACCAGUCUGGUGAUCUCAACCAGACAAGUUAUCCCCAGGAUUGUCCAUAAUAAAAGUAAUUGUUAAGAUGCCCUAACCAAUCCUAACCAUUUGGUUGUUGUUAUUACUAUUACUAUUACUAUUACUAUUACUAUUACUAUUACUAUUAUUAUUAUUAUUAUUUUUGUGGAAACAGCGAGAUGAUUGGGUGGAUAGAAUUAUUUUUAUAGAUAAACAUACCCGGUCUAACCCAUUCAAGAAGUGACCCAUAAUUAGAGGCUCCAGAUCAGUGGCAGUUAUGCAUCAUUAUUAGUUCUGGAUAAGGCCUAUUUUUAGUUUCAAAAGUUAUUUUUACAUACAGACAGACUUUCCUUUAAUGUUUUACAUAGUCCCUUUCCCAUGGUUUGUGCAUUUUACAUAAGUGUAAUAUUAUGCAGGUUCUUAUCUCUUCUCCUUUUCCAAGCUUCCAUCUUUAUUCUUUAAAGUGCUUUCUGAAAAAUAUUUAAUUUUUGUUUCCUCUGUACUGCGGCCUUUUUCAAUAGUUUCAGGAAAGGUCAACUUGACUCAAAAUUUUAUACCUUAAUAUUGAAGUCAUGGUAAAGUUCUGUCUACAGCUUUUUUUUUUUUUAUGAAAUUUGAACCUGGGCAAGAGAACUUUGGUGGAAGCUCCACCCAGUGACACAGGUUCUUUUAAGAAUGAUUUUAGAAAGUGAUUGCAAAGGGUUUUUGAAACUUUGUUGGCUAUUCUGCAUUUCUGCUUGGCUUUAAAUUGGCACUUGGCAGAAGAGCAUACUGCAAUUUUUGUGUGUUUAAGAAGGUUAUAGGAUAUGUAGAGGGCAUGGAUAUUACCGGACCAUAUAACUGAGAUCCUUUUCCUACUUUCUUAAAAGCACAAGAAAAAAAAGAGUUGAAACUAGGGGAGGAGACUUCUUUUUAGUUUUUCACUUUCUUCUGAAAAUUGACAUGGCAGGCAAAGGUUAACACUAUUGGUUGGAAAUUUUUAAUAUAUCUAUUUUCUUCUUGUUUUCAGCUUUAUAUGUAUGGGGGAGGAUCAAGAAGUUCUAGAGGAAUGAAGGAAUUACUGGAAGGUUUUAAUAUUCACCAUUCUACUCAGUUCUUAUUGGAAGAAUGCAACUCUUUCAAUUUGAUAUUUUGGUGUCCAAGAAGGCAACCAGGCACUUGGAGCCUUGCAGAUUUAUCUCAAGCAUGCAACUGGACAUUUUGCUGACCCAUUUUCCUUGAACUGGAAAUGUGAAUCACAUUUCCAUUUCUUAUAUGGAGUUGGCUGCACUAGACCGUAUAUGUGGAGAUCUUAUUCCUAGUUAAUAUCCACUGUUGUUUUCGGUUGUCCUACUUUUUACAAGUAGAAGAAAAAGAAGUUGAGAACCCAUAAAAAACACUUUUAAUAACUUAAUUAAGAAGCAGAACAACAAAAAGGUUUAUUUCUGUAGCUGUUUUUUUCCCAACUUUUUCAAAUUAAUUUUUUUAGACCUGUUAGCAUAUUGACUUUCUGGAAGUUCACAUUUAUGAAGUCUUUUUCUUCCUUUUUAGUCUAACAUGGAUGUACAAUGUCCAUGUUUAUGGAACAUGGUCAAUUGCUUACAAGAGUUCCAUGAACUCUUCAAUUUGCCCUUUUAUGUUUCCUUAAUCUAGGUCUACAUUGCACCCAAGUGUGCACAUGGAUGUGGUUUAUUUGUUUAAGAUUCAGACUUUUAAAUCUCAUAGAUUAGGGUGCCAGGACACAACUAUAUGGUUAAUAUUAUAAUAGUUUAGGGCAAUAGGGAAUAGCUAUAUAGAUAACAUUAUUUUUUUUUGAUAAAUAUAUAGAUAAUAUUAUAAUAGCUUUCUCACACUAGAAUUGUGUGCCUUCUUUCUGUUUAUAUUUUAGCUUUUGCAUUGAACACUAAUUCUGUAUCUCAUCCAUGUUAUGACAAUAUGGAUAUGCUGGUGUUUUUGAAUGAUGCUGGUAAUGUCAAAGUUUAUUAUCAAGAACAGAGAUGCCUUGAAGCCAAGGAUAUCCUUUCCCUUUGUCUCUCUCGUAUGGAAGGUACAUAGGUACAUUAUAUGUUUAGAUAGAAGCAUGGGUACUUUUUCUGGGUAAUCACCAGAAGAACUUCGAAAUGUGUCACAGGGAUUGUCCUAAAAGGCUAAAUUCUAACAUCAAGCAGCCCCAUGGUUGGUGUAUUACUUUUAGAGUAUGGCCUUGACAUAUAAAUUGAGUUCUCGCCAUAUAAUUCCCAUGAUAUCCUUAAUUUGAAUUAUGUUUAUCAAGAAAAUAAAAUAUAUUCUCUAAGAUCAAGAACCUCAUUUUUUGAGCCUCACUGAGUCCCAUAAUUCAUAGGCAUGCUGAUUCCGACACUUGAUGUGACAUGUUAUGUUGAAGAUGUACUUGAAUGAACUGGUGCAUUUUUACAGACCAUUUAUAUCUUCUAAUUGUACAAGUAUGACAAGUUUUGACAGCCAAUUACUAUGCAUACAGGUCCAUAAAAAAUGCUUGUUUGGGAAAUUCAGUCAUUUGGCCAUAAAAUUUGCUUCUGCAAGCCUUGGACAUUAUUUAAAAUAUUAAAAAGCUUGAAAAGAAAAGGUUUCUUUACUAUUGGAAUAUAUUAAAUAAUAAUAUUAUUUUACUUAUAUUUCAUUUUAGUAAAAUCUUUGGCCAUUAUUUACACGUCACAAUUAAUAAAGAUGCUUUUAUCUUGAGGGUAUCACCACAUCAUGCAAGUCUUUUCAAAGGCAAAGUUUUUUUGUUAAUCAUUUAUUUCAAGGUGGUGCUUACUCCAACUAAAAUAUGCACACACAUAAACACACACACACACAGUGACCCAGUUUGUCUAACAAACAGCUAAGAAUGAUGCUUUGUUAAAAAAAAAGCUGUGUUAACUCUCAGAACGUUAUUUAUUUUGGUAAUGUUUUCCUGGUUGAAAGGGAUGUGUGUUUGUAUUUUUAGUGACUUCUGGAUUAAGGGGGAGUUCUAUAUUUGUAAACCCAUGUGUUCACUGUCAUACAUGUGUAUUCAACCCCUCUCAUGUAUGGUCAGUUUCCUCAGCUUCCUUGUAUGGCAUACCCUUGUUCCCACAAAGAUAGCUUUAUGUUUUUUGCUUUUUGUACAGCAUAUUUGAUCCUGAUGGUCAGCCACUUUCUUCCAGAAAGAAGAUAUGACCAGCAUGUGUUUCCUUUGCUGGAAAGCAUGGAGCCAGUAAACCAUCUUCUCAUUCAUUGCCUCUUUGGGUGCAUGAAACCACUUCAUUGGUUUCAUUUGGGUUUUGAUAUGGUGUUUCUGAAAGUUAGUGAGGUUGUUGGAAUUUGACCUUGGAUAGAUUCGAGACCAAGGUGUAGGAUAAUUAAUGGAUUCCUUCCAUUUGCCACAUAUUAGUUGUUGUUCUACAAGCAAGGAAAUGAUUGCGCACAUUUUUUUGAAGGCUCUUACAUUUUAAGGAGGACAAUAGAAGUAUGGGCAUUACUGCAGUUUUGGUUUUCAUGUUUGCCUGACUUGUGAGAUAUCGCAUUCGCGUAGUGUGACUGGGAUGAGUCAGUUUUUAGUUCCAGUCAGUUUUUGCUUUUGGCUCUUGUCUUUCUGGAAUAUAUGAACAUGUGAAACUCACUUGCAUUUUAGGGUUUUCCCCAGUAUAUGGCAAUGCAGAUUUUAAUAUAUGAAUUUAUCCCCAAAAGUAACCUGCAUAAUGAUUGCAAUGAGCUUGAAAGCAUGCAUGUUGGCAUGCCUCUUUAUAUCAUAUCGUUGGGCAGAAGAUUCCCAGCAUCCAUUUCAUGAAGUUUGUGUACUUGUUAUGAAUCGCAAUAUCCUGUUACCUUUCCCAAUGAAUUGUGUGCGGCUUGCUGGAGAGGGAAUACACCUGGAGCUGAUGCAUUAUUCCAAAUGGUACACAUAUUUGCUGUAGUUUUGGCACUUUGCCAGCGUUUCUGCAGAAGGUUUCUUUGGAAAUUGUUCAACCUGGUUGCUGCAAUUUUAGUUGGUAAGGAAAAGAUUGCUUGAGAAGUUUUUGCUUUGCUUACAAGAAAUCUGUAUUUCAUUAUUUAGAUUUAUUUAUUUUUCUGAAACUGAUACUGAUUGUGUUCAUGUGGAAAUACCUUGUACAAGAUAUUGCUUGUUCGUUUCUAGUGUUGCUGCAGACUGUUGGUUUGGCUAUUGAUUUUACUUUUUAUUUCCAUCUGUGUGAUCUUCUAAUGCAAUUGAAUGUAUGGAGUCCAAUGGAAAUGUAUUUUUUGGCAGGCUUAGAAGUUCACUCUGGCUUCAAUUUAAGCCACAUCAUAUUGCAGCUGGAGCUGCAUAUCUUGCUGCUAAAUUCCUCAAUUUUGAUCUUUCU